GAUUGCUGACCCUCGCAGGUUAAUAAGAUGGUGUCGUGAGAGCCUUCAGGUGCGUGGGCCGAUUCGAGAUUUUGAGUGGUCAGCGCAGAUGAGCCCGCCAAGUCCGAUUUGGGCCUGGGGCAUGCAGUGGCACAACUUGGCCGUGGAAAGCAGUGUGCCGCCUCUUCUACUGACACGAGCAACAGGCCUCCUCAAAAUGCCUCCUCGUCACAAAUGUGGGCGUUACAGCCUUUGACUUCCAUGAAGAGCUGGAGCGUGCAGCAAAUUCCACAUGCGACCGUCUUUUCCUCUCAUUGGUCGUCUUCUCAACACCAACGUUCCGGCAUCGUGGGAGAGUAUAAACCAGGGACUCUCCGCAUUUCUGGGCUCGCUGUUGCUCCGUAGCACUACCGCCGCCGCCGCACGUUUUGUGCCCCGACAGUCGUCACCAUGUUUCGGCCCAUCGCCGUCAUUCGCGAAACAUGGAACAUCUACACGCCAGUCGAACGGCGGAACAUCGCCGUGUACAUUGCUGGCAUCAUGAUGUAUAAAUUUGGACUCGAAGCAUUCAACGGAUCCGUUAUAGCCCUCGCGACAAACCGAUACGACGAGCUGGAGAAAAAGACGCAUGUUUCUAUUACCUUCCAGCGCGUGGGUGUAUUGACGGGUCUCAACCAAGCGUUUCAGUGUGUCGGAUCCAUCCUCAUUGCACCACUCAUCAAAAGAUAUCCAACCAAAAAUGUCCUGGCUUGCGCAGUGCUCAUAUUUGGAUUCAUGAGCAGUUUGCUGCUUAUCCUGGACGCUGCAACUGGUGGGAAGUUCGUGCCCACAGGACAUCCGAAAGGGGACUUCAGCUAUUAUGGUGACUACAAUACAGAUGGCAUGAUUCCUAUUUUUUGUGUUUGCGGCGUAGUGUACGGCAUGGUCGAACUCAUCCGACGGGUUAUCCCACGAGAUCUAGUUGGCGGACACAUCCAGAAACUACGAAGAAUGGACUCGUUGGUUCAUAUAUUCUACGAGAUCUCCGGCACUGCAGGCGCUUUCUGCACGGCGCUCGCGCUCAUUCCUCACUUCGGCAACAACUUUUCCUUCAUGAUUACACCUAUCUGCUUCGCCUCCGCGUCAAUCCUUUGGUUUUUUAUCCAGGAAGAUAGCUUGCCGAUAGACGCGAGGGCAUUGGUCUUGGAAAGCCAGCCGACUUACGUCAAGGCUGUCAUUGGCGGCUUCUACUUGUUCUUUGAGUCGGUUGGAACUGGAGCGAAAAUUAUCUUUACCCACAGAAAAUUCAUCUGGCUGCUGCCCGGAUACGCAGUUGCUCUAUAUGGGCAUCGAUACCUUGAGAACGCUAUUGCGCCUGCAGUCGCUCGACGAUACCUAGGCAAUUCGGCUUGGUCACAAAUCAUGGUUGGAGGUUCGAAUUUUGGUGAACUCUUGGGAGCACUAUUCGUCUUCAUGUUCACGAAUCUGGUCAAUACCCCAAUCCCAUGGCUUCGUAUUGAUGCGAUAGCGCUCCUCAUCGUCUGGUACUUACCAUACUGGCACCCACCGAAGAAUGACGUUGGUCAAGCCUGGAUUGUUGCGGCUACCUUCCUUCCCAUCAGCUUUGGCUGGGCCGCUGGUGACGUCUCACUCGCGGCUUAUAUUCAAGCCUCGCUUGCUCGCAUAGAAUCAAAGAUGCAGAACGUUUCUGCUCUCGGUGCGGUCAUGGCCUUCCUCUACAGCACCUAUAUCGUUACCUAUGCUAUCGCAUCCGUUUCUCUCGGUACGUACAUCGACCGCGUAUCGGACCGAAAUAAGGAGGAGAUCCAACCAGCUAUUCUCAACGUAGCUGGUGUACAAUUUACGAUUAUAUUUGUCUUAGUCAUGACCAGCACUUUUGUGCCAAAGGGCGCCUUUUCGUUGAAUCCUAAGAUGUUGGAUGAGGAGUUUUUGGAUACGGAUCUUGAGGACGAAGACUUGGAGUAUGUGCCUGGUGUGCAGGUCAAGAGUAAGCAGAGUCAUGAGAGUCACGAUAUGGUUAGUAGGGCGAAUAGCUCCUGAAUCCACCAAGAGUCACGACAGUCAUGAGCUGCUCAGUGGUCCACUUUUGCAUAGCGAUAUUGUAUAUAUCUCAUGGUACCAAGUUCAUACGCUUUUUACAAGCUCGUUCGAAUCUUAACAGCAGCCUGCCUAACACACCAGAGGAAUACCGGAACUGACUGAAGCUCAGAAGACGAGUCUCUAAUAUAGGACCACGGGGCACUUCAUGAACCCAAAGGAGAGGAGGUAUCAAGGGCAAAGUGUGCUGAAGAUCUCCCUGUUAUAAUAUGAGAAUGG